UUCAGGGUGCUAGAAAUGGGUCAUCUGGAUCUCGGAGUGGAGCUCGCACCACGUGCUCUCUGUGUUUAUCAGCAGGGAUUUCUGGGAAGCGGUGCUCAUGGUAACCAACGUAAACACCAGCCACCCUCCUCCUCCUCUUCCUCGUCUCGGCUCUCUGCAGCAGCGCCAAAGCAGGCGAAAAUGGCAAGCAUGGCUCGCAGCGAGGACCAAUAUUAUGAAAAGAUAACAACACUUCAACAAAGCUUGCAUAAAAGGGAGAAACGGAGGCUGGAGCUGGAGAGGGAACUGUUUACUUACUCCAGAUCUGAUAAAAGAAUCUCACAGAUAAAGUGUUCCAAACUGCGCGGUUAUCUCAAGGAAAUCUGUGACAGGGAAGCACGAGCGAAAAUGAGAAACCUUGAGCUUCUGAGAGAUGUGGAGUGCAUAGAAAUUAGCAUGAAGGUAUAUAGUCCUGACCAUGGCCCCCUGCAACAACAAAAGGCUGACAUUCUGAAUAAGAUUUCCAGAUUUAUGGAAGCAAAGAAGAAAAUAGAGCAAGAGGUUGAAGCAGCAAAGGGUGAAUCUGCACAUAGACAGUACCAGGACAUCUCUCUCUCUCGCUCAGCUAAGGAUUUUACACAACCACCAGCAGUAAUUUUUAUGGGCCGCCAGACCUCCAGAGGGUCUGACGCUGAGGCUGGCACCACAAGUGUACACUUACACCAAGCAUUGCAUCGUUCACCCAAUCGCAGCAUGCACUCCCGCAAACGUCUACCAAGUGGCCUUUUGAAGGACUUCAGAGUUGGCGGAGAGGAUGCCGCCAGCAACCGAGCACAUUUAUCAGAUGACAUUUCAGGCUCAAACGAUUCUCCUGACGGCUGUAAUUUGAGUGACAAACAUGAAAGAACGAUGGCGGUGCUCCCAGCUGGCAAUGUGCCUUUUGGAAGUGAUGAUGAACAAGAACCUUCACCUCUUGUGACCUUGACGAGGCCUGAGAGGAAUCGGGCUCCCAGCAGCAGCAGCAGUAGCCCCAUAAGGGUUGAGAAUUCCCCCGCAGAACACACUGACUCCCGAGAGGUGGCUCAUCAGCCACCCUUAAAGGAAGAUGCAGAGAGAGGUCUCAGACAUUUGAUGCCUGAAACCAUUUUUGGAAAAGAAUCUCAAGAUACACCAGGUAGACGUGAGAGCGUCAGCACACCGAGUUCUGAUGUGCAGCUGUCAGAGAGCAGUGCUAGUGACCUGUCCAUUUCUCUGACACAAUCUGAGCUGGAGGAGGAUCUACCCGAGGGUGUGGCACCUGAGAGGAACGCCACUUCUGAAUGGAGUGAUGACCAAAAUCAGCACAGUCCCGAAUCAUCCCUCCACUCUGAUGGAUCCAAGAACACACCUCAAUUAAACUGUGAAACCACACCUCCAGCUGUGGAAAGACUCUCCCAGGAAGGACUCUUUAAUCUUCUAGACAGCAUCGAAGGACGACUCCAUGGUGAACAGACAAGUGUGUACGGGGAUUCUUCUAUUGAUGGAAUGCAACUCAAUAGAAUUAUCAGCCUUUGUAACGGUGGAGCAGACUUGAAUGACGAGGACCUUGAAGCAUGUGGAGCAGUCGUCCUUCAUGAGCUUCAGAGGUUGUCAUGGAGCACAGCAAAGGGCUGCCUGCUACCACAGGAUCUAGUGAAUGCUCACCAGUCCAGCACUGAGCCUAAUGAAAUAAGCACCAGCCUCCCUCCUGAUGCCGCUCGGCUGUGGGAUCGCUGGUUCAAGCACGCCCUUCUGCUCAAGGAGCGCCGUGUCCUCAGCACUGAGCGCUCGGUCCAGCUGUUCACGCCGCUGCUGCUGGAGCGCCAUGCCACCUACAGCCAGCAGGCCAAAGUGUUGCUGAGGACACUUCUGUCCCGGUCCAGUGAGGAGUGCCCCUCAGCAGUGGACGAGAGUGACUUGUCUUCCUCGUGUGGCCCUUCUUCACUACUGGCUGACGGCGGAGAUGCGAAGCCUGCCAGGCCGGUACAGAAGCAAUGGAUCCAAGAACUACAAAGUACUGAAGAGGACAGCCAGGACGAAAGCCCUGUGGAAAGUGUUCCUAUUAGAGAGACAAAAGCAUAUCAGUUACUUAAACAAUCAGCCAUGCAGGAAAGGCUGCAGAGUUCUGAAGAGGAGGAGGAAGAGGAUGGCCUCUCAGGAAUAAAUCAUGGCCGUGAAGAGGACCUGGGGAGGGCCAAACGCUCCUCACAUCAAGACCCUUACCCUCGACUGCCACCGGUCAGGAGGAGAGCGCCUGUGUUGAAAUCAUUGGCCAGAUUCCUCUUCCUCUGAGCUGCAGUACUUACUCAUCGCCAGCAGAGAGCACUCACACGUUAGAGAGUGCCCACUCAUGGUGCACUCACAGUUGCCUCUCACUGUUUGCCCCCACUGAGGGCUAUACGCUGCUACCAUUCAGGCCUGUUAGAGUACAUCUAAACAGAGCCUAAACAAUGUUGCUGUGGGGUCAUAGCUGGGAUGGGAGUAGGAGUUGAUGGGAAUGAUGAGGUGAUGGGUCUCCCUUUACCUUUAGACAAGCACCGCUGCGCAAAAGUGCUAUUGUGCUAUUAGCAUUUGUGUGUGGGUGGCAGGAGCUUAAAAAAAGCCAGGGUAAAUAAAAGCAGCUUUCUGCCUAUCGGUGUGUGCAAGCCAGUAUUAAAUGCUUGGUAAGCAUUAUUUCCUCUGUCAGUCUUCACAUCCUCUAAUGUAGCUGUAGGAUUAUAGGUGACAUCUGAUUUUAGUGACUUUAAGAAGCAUAGCCUAGUUUUACAAGGCAAUUAUAAUGAUGAUAUGUUGUGUAUUAACAUGUUUGGGCCACGUGCUGUUAAAUAUUGUUUGUCAGUAUAUUACUAUAACACUGGACAUAUUUGUAUAGCCUUAAACUGUACUACAUGAAUAUACUUGAUAUUGUUUCAGCUUUAGAUGUCUUCUUUGACUUCUAAAUAAUACAGCUGACAAUUAACCACACUUGUACUUGUCAGCAGUAGUAUUUUUUUAAAAAUUUUUUUGGUAAUUUGUUCCACAGUAGAGAAGUCUGGUGCUGCUAAGAUACCAUGAAGGAUUCAGUACAGCAGAAUCAAGUUGCCUUUCUCAGGGGCAAACAAAGCAAAAUGUCACAAAGAACAAAAAUGAAGAGAGUGCUGCACUGGAUCUGAAAAUGUAGCGGAUAGUUUAAAAAAGGGCUUUUUGUUUAACUUACAUCAGAUUGCUUGGGUUUUCAGUAAGAUGAGUAAUCAUUGUUUUACUCUUAAACAAACAUGUCACUUUUUCUCUAUUCCAGAGCAGCAGUACCAGUUUCAUAAUGUGCCAGUGAUAUGAGAGAAGAUGAUUGUCCCAGAUUUAUUUUUUUAAUUUAUUUUUUGCACAGUGUAUAUCAAUGUAAACAUGAGUCAGCAUAUCUUGUAUUUUUACAAGAAAAUAUGUAGAUUUAGUCGAUAGAAAAACCACCGUGGUAUAAAUUGACAACACAAGACAAGUUUAAUGAAGGGAAUUUACUGACAACACCAAAAAUCAAGCUCCAACUGUGUAAUGUGCUUAAAACACGUCAUACAAUUUUAAGGGUGGUUGUGGACUCAGCAAUGUACAGCAGACGCAAAAACUGUUAAAACAUGAGAUAAACAACAAUAUGAAACAAUUGCAAAGGCCAGAGAAAGAGAAUGAGGGAGGCAUAGGAAAAAAAGAGGACAUUACAAUAGCUGUAAUUUGCAUCAUUUUACACAUUAGAUUCACCUCUGUCUACCAGAGCUUGUAAAACACUGGCCAGCCCAGUCUUACAUAUUCAGAUCAUUGCCUCAAUUAAGGGAAACUCAGCAGAAGAUGAACUGGCAUAAAUGUUUAUGGAAACGGAAUAUUAGAUUGGUGGGGUCAGAUCCAGACUGGGCUCUCUAUGGUAAUAGCCCUGUCUUGAAAUCAGUCCUGUCCCUCACUGAAGUGGAACAGCUGAUAGACCAUUCCCAUCCCGGGGGGAAGUUCGAGAAAAGAAAAGCCCAAUUUACUCUCCGUAACAGCUAUUAUUGUGGCAAAGGAGAGGAAGUAAUCGUAUAGAUUAUUGCUGUAUUUUUGCUGUAGCAGGGUCUGGUUGAGAUCUGUUGCCUAACAGGUACAAAUAGAUGUACUAGUCCCCAUGGUUUAGUUGUGCUUCGAUAUCUAUUCAGUUUAAAAAGAUGAAUGUAGCAGGCAGAUUUU